GUGUGAAUUUAAGACUGAUGAUACUUCUCUUCCUAAUGUUAGAAGAAGUUGCAAGUUUGAAUUCUUUUUCGCCCAUUGAUUAAAUACGCAAUUUGAAUUAAUUCUCUAGGUGUACGAGAGGACGUGUUGAUUAAGGUAACAUAUCUUUUAGUAGAGGCUUAACUUGAGUCAUAACCAAAAAGUAUUAACAUGUUUGGUGAAAUCAAUUUAUGACACAUUUUGUCUGAAAGAAAAGUGAAAUCAUUAUUAUUCUUAUCUUUUUCGGGCUCACAAACACAUGAAUAUUUAAAUUAUUCUGACUUAUGACUUCUCUUAUUUUUGCUAACAUGUACGGAGUUAAAAAAAGAAGAAAAAAAAGUUCCUCCCGCACUACAAUACGCAAUGAUAGGAAAUUCAAUUAGGAUAGUAUCUCCCCAAUAUCCGAUGAUUUUACUCAUUCUAGACGAGUGAACAUGUUAUAAUUCAUAAAGAUCCAAAGCCAGGAGUUACCACUUUGGAAUGGCAUGUUGAUCUUAUUAUUAUUAUCAUCAGUCUGAGUGAAUACUUACGAGUGUGUUAUUUUAAAUCAUUGAGGUUGUCGUUUGGAAUGGAAGAAAGUGACCAAAAUGCCACAUAUCGUAAUGUCCGAAAUUCCAUUCCUUCGAUUACUCUUAUGUUACUCUUUUAUAUUCUCUCUCUCUCCCCCACAGCGGUUUUGCCAACGCGAGAAAAAGAAAAAGAACACGAAACAAACAAGGAAGAUGGAAAGAGAUCGAACGAGAAGAAUGGAUGGUGGCAGUCACUGCUGUUGUUAAGCUGCAAGCAACACCAUCACCACAUUUCCAUUGUUGUCUGCUGCAGCUUCGGCGUAGACCCCUUGGAGCUUCAAGGUAUACACAAUGACAGCCCGAGGACUAAAAGAGAUUUCUUCAGUAUCCUCUACGACAACGGGUCCCCCUGCUUCUAAGUCGCAGUCUCCAGUGCUGUUCUUUUUCCUUGGAGGGCUAGUCACGCUCAUAAUAUUGCUAGUUCUUCUAUUUGUCUUUCGGAAAAAGAUCAAGCCAGAAGAUACUAAGAAAUUGGUAGCAGUAGUGAGAAGGCGGCCAGCAGCAUCGACAGAUGUUUUCAGUGGGAUGCUUCGAACAAUAAGCUACUUCGAUUUUAAGACAUUGAAGAAGGCAACCAAGAACUUUCAUCCUGGUAAUCUCCUUGGAGUAGGUGGAUUUGGCCCUGUCUAUCGGGGGAGAUUAGGAGAUGGGACGUUAAUUGCUGCUAAGAAAUUGUGCCUUGACAAAUCCCAACAAGGAGAAUCAGAGUUUCUUACAGAGGUAAAGUUGAUCACAAGCGUCCAACACAGGAACUUGGUUCGUCUUAUCGGAUGCUGCUCUGAUGGGCCGCAACGGCUUCUUGUGUAUGAAUACAUGAAGAACAGGAGCUUGGACCUCAUUAUUUAUGGAAAGAGUGAUCAGUUCUUGAGCUGGAGCACCAGGUUCCAGAUAAUUGUCGGUAUUGCUCGAGGGUUACAAUAUCUACAUGAGGAUUCCCCCCUAAGAAUUAUCCACAGAGAUAUCAAGGCAAGCAACAUUCUUCUUGACGACAAAUUCCAACCGAAAAUUGGAGAUUUCGGGCUGGCUAGGUUCUUCCCUGAAGACCAAGCUUAUCUCAGCACUACAUUUGCUGGAACUUUAGGAUAUACGGCACCUGAGUAUGCUAUUAGAGGAGAAUUAUCUGAAAAGGCGGACAUCUAUAGUUUUGGAGUUCUUGUGCUCGAAAUAAUCAGCGGUAGAAAAAACACAGAUCUCACUUUAUCAUCAGAUAUGCAAUACCUCCCUGAAUAUGCAUGGAAAUUGUUUGAGACGUCGAAUGUGAUUGAUCUGAUAGAUCCAAAAAUAAAAGAAGAUGGAUAUGUGGAAAGGGAUGUCUUGCAAGCAACCCAAGUCGCCUUCUUCUGCCUUCAGCCGCACCCAAACCUUAGGCCCCCGAUGUCGGAGGUUGUAGUAAUGUUAACAUGCGAAGUUGAAAUGGUCGGAACACCUAUGAAACCCGCCUUCUUGGGAAGAAGGCGAACGAAGAACCAGAACAUUUCAUGGGAUUCUAUAAGUGAGGCUUUCCCAUCUCCCUUGCAGAGUGAGCCUCCCUCGUUAGCUAAACCAUCCACUUGACGACAUUUUCAGGCUUCUUGUAUUUCGGAAGAAAGUUCAAAAGGGUAUAUGAGAGGUCUUCAUGCACACGGUAACAUUUCAAAUGUAGCUACAAAGUAUUUGGUUUGUUUUGUUUCCCCCCUAGGUUUUUACAUAUAUGUCAUUUUUUUUUUUAAUUUUCAUAGAAAAAGGUUCUGCUUGGUGGUAAAUAUUUUUACUUGUACCUCGAGAUUCUAAAGACUACCUCAACUACAUGUCGAACCACAAUUUCAUGACUCAUGUUUUAAACAUUGCAAUGCCAUACCUCAAUUUAUGAA